AAUUUGUUGUAGUUUUUUAAUCAAAUACUCAUAUGAUAUUAAACCGAAAUCAGAAAUGGACAAACUUUGCCGUGUCUGCAUGGACGAUUCCGUUACAUUGGUGGACAUAUUUAACGAACGGCAACAACCAUCUACAGAGCAGCCGAGCCUGUGUGAAAUUUUAAAUGAAUUUUGUGAGGUAAAACAGGAUGAUAUCCUACCACAGCAGAUAUGUUUAUCCUGUGUGUUGGCGGCACAAAACGCAUAUAAAUUCAAACGCACAUUCGAGGAGACUGAGCGGAAACUGUUACUGCUGCAAAAUAUUAAAAUUUGUGAGGAAGACAAUACUGCAUUACCCUGCGUGCAGGCAAUCUACGAUAAGGAUCGACAAGCGGUCAAUUUGAGCUGUGUUAAGCUGGAGCCACUCAAUGAAGAUGAAGUCGCUGCCCAGGACGACGAGCCAGAAGAGGAUGAUGAAAACGAAGAGCCAGGCGAAAACGAAAUUGAAUACGGAAGGCCAUACAAAUGUCAAUUCUGCGAGAAAAGCUUUGGCCGGAAUUAUCUUUUGAGCGUGCACGAGAUGCGCCACACUGGCGAAAAAAUACAUUUCUGUGACAUUUGUGGUAAAGGUUUCAUCCGAAGACACGAUGUAAAGGUUCACAUUCGUACCCAUACUGGCGAACGACCGUUUCAGUGUCCUCAAUGCCCGAGAACCUUUAUACAGAACCACGUUCUGAAGGCACAUCUUCGUCAACAUCCCACUUUAAAUUUUCACUGUGAUCACUGUAUGAAAGGAUUUAGGCUGCGCUCCCAGCUAACCACUCACCUAUCUCGGGUGCACGAAACAAUGAAUAAUCCAGUCAAGAAGCCUGGCACUAGUCAAAUUAAGAAAGAGAAAACCAAAACUAGGGUGGGGAAAAAAUUGGAAAAAAAUGAGAGAAAGAAAAAAAAUGAAAGCAGUAUUAAUGCUCUGGAGCGUGGACUACGAAAUGGAUUAGCUCCAGUCGCUUAUGAAGAGCUGGACGUAAAAUGCGAAUUAGACGACUUGGAAACAAAGCUAAGCGUCGAGCUAAAUUCCUUGAACAUAAAAUGUGAAUCAGUAGACUCGAAGACGAAAAGAUACAAACAAGUGCAAUCCAAAAAAAAAGUACUGCCCAAAAAUUGUUCUCCACUUAUGAAGGGGACUUCCAAAGUUAUUAACAACAUUCAACGGAAUGGCAAAGCCAAUAAAUUUUUCUGUGAGACUUGUGGGAAGGGCUUCGUCCGUAGAUGUGCAUUGCUAGUACACAAUCGGGUUCACACAGGAGAGCGCCCAUACAAAUGCCAAUAUUGUGGAUAUGCAUUUACCCAAGCACAGGCCCUAAAAAGACACGUGAAUAGAAUUCAUAAAAAUAGUGUUCAGGAUGUGCUGGUACCAACGACCAAGCGAGCGAUCGUUCGAAUAGCGCGUAUUCAUUUACCUCCAAGUGCCACGACUGUUAAGAGUGAGGACUGACCAAAUGCUAUUGAUUAGCAAU